UCGAUAAACGGGCCUGUCCACCAGAAGCCACUUGAAUACCCUGGGAGAAAUGAUGGGUGGCUGUAUUGCAGCUGUGAUGACUGGCACGCCUAAGUCACCCUCUCAGGGAUUUGGAAUGUUUCUUUGGACAGAAUCAUCCCAGACCCACGUUUCACCUGGAGCCUUUGUGCGAGCCUCGCCGGAGUGCAGUACUCAUCAUUUGCUGGAAGUCCAUGAGGCCCAACCUAUGACCAAAGGCAUGAGCCUCUUCAUUUGCCACGGCGGCCUUAAUGGAAACUCCCUGAUCGUCUUCUGACUUUUCCUUGCCUUUUCUUAUUCUCAGGGUGUGUCAUUUAGUGAGUGAAGAUAGAGUCCUCCGCGUCGCGUGCUCAACAUUGCCUGCGACCUGCGUCUUUGGCAGCACACGACUGCACUUGAACCAUCUUUAUACUCGUCCGAGAGUCCAACCAGCGAGCAAGUGAGGGAGUGUCUCACCUCAGGCCGAUACAAUGGCGUCGUCGAUCUCAGUAGCAGUCCUCUCGAUCGUCUUCCUGUUGGCUCCUCGAGUGGCCUGGGCCACAUGUUACUGGCAAAACAGCACACUUGCUCCUGAUUCUCAAUACUCGAUUGCCCAGGACGACACAGCAUGUUUCCCAGAUCAAGACAACUCUCCUUGUUGCGGGACAGGAUGGACUUGCAUGUCAGAUGGGGUGUGCUAUAUCGAGCAGGAAGGCGAAUCAUUCUACUACCGCGGCACAUGCACAGAUCGCACGUGGGAUAGUCAGCAGUGUCCAGGCUGGUGUUUUGCUGAGAGUGAGUGGAAACAUCCCACAGCCUCAACCGGCAAUUGCGGGUUAUCAGAAGCUGACUUGACCUCAACGGCAGACUCGAACACAUCUAUACCUCUGGACAAGUGUGACACUACUGAAGGUAUGCCUCCAUAUGAAGAUGUUGGCUGGAUGGACCAGAAUGCUUAUUCCCUCUCAGAUUGGUACUGUUGUCCUGGGGAUGAAACUUGUAACUGCGACACCGGCAAGGACGCAAUCAAGCUGGGAGCGAGUCAACCGAUCACAAUCACCGUUAUCGGCAGCACAAGCUGGCCUGGAUUCACCAGCACGACGAGUCUUUUCACAGCCGAACCCCUUGUUACAAAUGGCACCAGCACAAGCACUGACAGCCAAGCUGCCGCAACCACAUCGUCAAGUGGUACGAAUUCGGUCUCGACCACAACGCCCGGAUCGUCCAGUCAGUCAGCAAUUUCUGCGGCAGCAUCUGCCAGCUCGAGCAGUCCAGCCGUAUCCAGCAGUCCAAGCUCAGGAUCAGGUAACACCGCUCUUGCUGCAGGAUUAGGUGCUGGCCUCGGUGCAGCGGCAGUUCUGGUUGGCGUGCUCGCCUUCUUUCUGAUCCGCAGCCGACGUCGAAAGAACAAAACAAAGGCCGCAGGAGGGGUUGACUAUGGUGGACUGCCCAAGGGCAACAGCAAUAGCCCAUCGCAAAAGCCGCUCUACGCUGCCGAAAUGCAUACUCCGCAAUCAGCGCCGUCGUAUCGGGAUAAUCCGUACCCUGGGGCCGAACAACAGCUUAAGCCCGAACUGGCUGGGGCAGGAGAGUAUAACAGGACGGAGAUGCCAGCAGAGAGUGAAGGACACACCGUGUUCAAGAAGGACAAUCGAGCCGAACUUGCUGGUUCAUGAGUUUUUGGAGCGAUGUAGCGAAUGAUUCUGGUACAGCGUUGCAUAUGGGAUCAAAAAUUGAACUAUCAGGCUAUAAUGCAUCGCUAGGUAGGCUUGAUGUCUCGCACGAAAUGACCCGCAUACAUGAAUACAUAUUCGUGACUCAGAGUUGGUACGCGUCUUGCCACUAGCCUGUUUCGAAUGGUUCUUGUGAUCUUCUCAAAGGUAGAUGGGUUAGUCGGGCAAGGUAAGUGAACAUGCAUAUCCCUUCAACAACUGGUACGCCAGAACGCCCUUACAGCUCGGUU